AUGGCACUCGCCAAGCUGCGUGGGAAGAAGCUUGGCCGCGUCAUUAGCCUCAUCGGUGCCGUCGGUUUUAUUCUACAAGGCUAUGACCAAGCUGUAGCUAACGGAUUGCUCACCUUGGCUUCUUUCAUUACUGUGUUCCCGGAGAUUGACACAUUGAAUACCACUGGGGCACAGAAAUCGCACAAUUCGACCAUCCAAGGAACUACGGUCGCGAUCUACGAAGUCGGAUGUGCCCUCGGUGCAUUUGCUUGUGGUUUUCUAGGUGAUCGACUCGGUCGCCGAAGAACUAUAUUCUUUGCAGGAUGUAUCGCCUUGGUGGGAAUCAUCAUCCAGGCUACACCCUUUUCUCUCGGCCAGCUGAUCGCGGGUAGAGUUAUCACUGGUCUGGGUGUUGGUGGCUUCACCGCCACAAUUCCUAUGUACGUAUCCGAGUCCUCCGAUGCCGAAGCCCGUGGACGAAUGGUUCUGCUCCAGGGUUGGUUCGCCAUUGGUGGUGUCGCUUUUGCGACAUGGUUAGAGUUCGGUCUGUACUACGCAGGCACCAACUCUGCUAGCUGGCGAUUCCCUAUCGCAUUUCAGGCCAUCUUCGCCAUCUUCGUCGUCUCCUGCAUUCUAUUCAUGCCCGAGUCACCCCGUUGGCUCGCGAAAGUAGGCCGAAUCGAAGAAGCGGCAGAAGUACUUGCACGCCUGGAAGACGUCUCUGUUGACUCGGAACAUGUGGCGCAGGAACUGGAGAUCAUCCGGCAAUCCCUUAAAGAGAACGAACAAGAUGAAGCAUCAGCCUCUUCUUCACCUUUCGCGCGUACCAAGAACCGCCAUCUCCACCGCACUGUCCUCGCGAUUGGAGUGAACAUCCUGGCCCAGAUGACCGGUGUCAACAUUAUUACUUUCUACUCCGAUACAAUCCUGGAAACAAACCUCCACUACUCAGGAACCAUUGCGCGUAUCGUCUCGGGGUGUCUACAAAUCUGGCAAUUCUUCGCCGCGGGUCUAGCCGUCCUCUUAAUUGACCGCUUCGGCCGUCGCCCCCUCCUCAUCACCGCUGCGAUCGGUAUGACAAUUGCUCAAACCUGUCUCGCAGGCUUAUCCAGCGACCUCUCCAACACGGGCGCAGCAAGUGCUUCGAUAGCAUUCUACUUUGUCGCGCUAUUCUGCUUUCCCAUCGGCUUAUUCCUCGUUCCAUUCAUGUAUGCCGCGGAAAUUGCUCCUCUCCGCACCCGUGCAAAGGUCACCGCUAUGUCUGCGGCGUCGAACUGGAUUUUCAGCUUCGUCCUCGCUGAGGUCUCGCCGACUGGAUUUGCCACAAUUGGAUACAGGUACUAUAUUGUUUACGCAUGCAUCAGUGCUUUUGGUCUAGCUUUCUUCUACUUCCUUUGUCCGGAAACGAAGGGACGUACGUUGGAGGAGAUUGAUGAAAUCUUUGUGAACUCGAAGUCUUUCUUUGACACUGUUCGCGUUGCAAAGGAGAUGCCUUAUCAGACGGAGCUUCUCGCUUAUGCGGAAGAUACUGAGAAGAUGGGUAUGGAGGGUGAGAGGAUUGAGAACGUCGCCUUGGAGAAGUCUGAGUGA